AUGCUGCUGCUGCUUCUGUUGAUGCUGCUGCGCACACCCCAGACCUCAGCAGCAGAUGCAGCAGCUGCAGCAGAAGCAGCAACAGCAGAUGCAGACGCAGCAUCAGCAGCAGCAGCAGCAGCAGCAGCAGAUGCAGCAGGAAGAUUGAACACCUCAGCAGCAGCUGCAGCAGAAGCAGCAACAGCAGAUGCAGACGCAGCAUCAGCAGCAGCAGCAACAGCAGCAGCAGCAGCAGAUGCAGCAGGAAGAUUGAACGUCACCCAUGUGCAUGCUCUGAGGUCUGCUGCUGCAGCAGCAGCAGCAACAACAGCAGCAGCAGCACCACCACCACAUGCAAAUGACGAUACUGUACCUUCUGCUGAGAGCAGCAGCAGCAGCAACAGCAGCAGCAGCAACAGCAGCAGCAGCAGCAGCAACAGCAGCAGCAGCAGAGCAGCAGCAACAACAGCAGCAGCAGCACCACCACCACAUGCAAAUGACGUGCAGCAACAGCAGCAACAGCAGCAGCACCACCACCACAUGCAAAUGACGAUACUGUACCUUCUACUGAGAGCAGCAGCAGCAGCAACAGCAGCAGCAGCAACAGCAGCAGCAGCAGCAGCAGCGCAGGCAGCGAUGAGUGGCAUACAGCCGCUAGCGGCAGGCAACGAUGAGUGGCAUACAGCCGCUAGCGCCCCCUCGUCAGAGCCACAGCAAUUGCAGCCAGAGCAGCAGCAGCAGCAGCAGCAGCAUCAACAGCAGCAGCAGCAACAGCAGCAGCAGCAACCGCAAAAGCAGCAGCAGCAGCAGAAACAGCAGCAGCAACAGCAGCAGCAACAGCAGCAGCAGCAGCAGCAGAAGCCAUACCGCGUCAGCAGCACCCAGCAGCAGCUGCGAGCCAUCCUCCUAUCGUCUCUAGCUGAGCGGCAGCAGAUGCAGCAGCAGCAGCAGCAGCAGCAGCAGCAGCAGCAGCACGGUAGAAGAGGUCAGCGAUGGCAAGAGCAAAGCGGCAAGCACCAGCAUCAGCACCACCAUCAUCAGCAGCAGCAACAGCAGCUGCUGCUGCAGCAGCUGCAGCAGCAGCAGCAGCAGCAGCAGCAGCACGGAUCCCUACGCUCGCCAGCUGGCCGCCGCAGCAGCACGGGAAGCAGCCAUUGUGGAGAUAUGACACAGGAGCAGCAGCUGCAGCAGCAGCUGCAGCAGCAACUGCAGCAGCAGCAGCAGCAUCAGCAUCAGCAGCGAGGACGUGGCAGCGUGCAGCAGCUGCGGCAGCAGCAGCAGCACCAGCAGCAGAUGCUGCUGCCUCCUGCUGCUGCUGCUGCUGCAGCUGCUGCAGCAGCAGACCAUCCAGCAGCGUUAGGGGGCGUCAUCCCUUGCUCCCCUGAGGUGUCGUUGCAGCUGUAUCAGCAGCAGCAGCAGCAGCUGCUGCAGCAGCAGCACAUGCAGCAGCAUAUGCAGCAGCACCUGCAGCAGCAGCACCUGCAGCAGCAGCAUAUACAGCAACAGCAUAUGCAGCAGCUGCAGCAGCAACAGCAGCUGCAGCAGCAGCAACUGCAGCAGCAGCAGCUGCAACACUUUCAAUGUCACAUGCAGAUGAAGCAGCUGCAGCAGCUAGACGUGCAGCAGCAGCGGCACCCGCAGCAGCAGUUUCUGCUGCAGCACCAGCUGCAGCAGGGGCUAGCGAGUGGGGGCAGCGUCAGCAGCGCCGGCAGCAGCAGCAGCAGCAGCAACAGCAGCAGCAGCAACGCUGCUGUUCCUGCGCUUGUCUGCCCGCUGCCUAACAGCCCAGUUGCUGCCUCAGCAGCAGCUGAAGCAGCAGCAGCAGCAGCAGCAGCAGCUGGGCAGCACAUGCAUCCUCCGUCUCCUCAGCAGCAUGAAGAUCGGGGGAUGACUGCUGCUGGUGUUGCUUCUUGUGAAGCAGCAGCAGCAGCAGCAGCAGCAGCAGCAGCAGCAGCAGCAACAGCAGCAACAACAACAGUACCCGUCCCAUCAUCACCAGCAGCAACAGCAGCAACCGGUCUGUAUCAGCAGCAGCAGCAGCAGCUGCUGCAGCAGCAGCACAUGCAGCAACAUAUGCAGCAGCACCUGCAGCAGCAGCACCUGCAGCAGCAGCAUAUACAGCAACAGCAUAUGCAGCAGCUGCAGCAGCAACAGCAGCUGCAGCAGCAGCAACUGCAGCAGCAGCAGCUGCAACACUUUCAAUGUCACAUGCAGAUGAAGCAGCUGCAGCAGCUAGACGUGCAGCAGCAGCGGCACCCGCAGCAGCAGUUUCUGCUGCAGCACCAGCUGCAGCAGGGGCUAGCGAGUGGAGGCAGCGUCAGCAGCGCCGGCAGCAGCAGCAGCAACAGCAACAGCAGCAGCAGCAACGCUGCUGUUCCUGCGCUUGUCUGCCCGCUGCCAAACAGCCCAGUUGGUGCCUCAGCAGCAGCUGAAGCAGCAGCAGCAGCAGCAGCAGCAGCGGCAGCAGCAGCAGCUGGACAGCACAUGCAUCCUCCUUCUCCGCAGCAGCAUGAAGAUCGGG